AUGACCGCAGGACCCUCGUCGCACGAUAGGGUCGACUAUCCGAGACACCAGCUUGGCGACCGGGAAACCCAGGGUAUACGUGAAGCUGACGCUAGACGUACUGAAGAAGAUGAUUGUCGAUCUGAGCUAGAGGAAUAUACUUAUUCCAAGAAAAAUGUUGGCUCUUCAUCGGUGCCAGCUAGUCGACAGGAUUUGGAUGCGCUAACGCCGACUUCGCACCAUCGGACAAGGUCGAGCACUAACGAAGCUUUCGCCACCUCUGCUGAUGAGGCUCGUAGAGAUGAGUUCGAAGCAAACAAAAGAUACUCCCUCACUGAGUCUCAGGGGCAUCUAUCGCCAAACAAUUCGGGCUCAGCGACCUCGUCAUCUCUCGAAAGCCCUGCUAGUGCUACAUUCCCCAGAUCCCCUUUGAGCUCGGCGAGUACCGUCGCAGCGGAUCCGUCAAAGCCGUCAGUUCGUUUCACUGACCGUGGACCUCCUCGCGGCAUCGUGAAGCGGCCCACAGUCUCUAGACAGUCUAGCAGCAAUGGGGCGCCCGUGCGGGAGUGGGGAGUCCUCUUCGAUGAGGCCGGUUAUGCUACCGCCCGGAGCGGACAAUUUCUCAGGGGCGUCGCGAGGUAUAUCAUCGAGGACUUCGCGCCUGAGAGCAGUAAUCUCGUCGUGACGCCGGAGAAACUCGUGUUACUGUAUUCGAGAUAUGGUUUAGAUUCGGAGUUGUACCCCUUUUUAGAAAUUUUCAAUUCUAGAGCCAAAGACUUCUACGAUCGCCUUGCCGACUUCUUCAGCGAUCUCGAUUGCCAGUACCAUCUAAUACAGCCCGACGCCUACUCUCGGCCGCGUGUUCCAGCGUUGACGCCGACUGGCUUCGCCCAGUAUUUCACUCUGUGUAUCCUAGCCCAUCCGGACGAAGAGUUCCGCCGUCUAGAUUGGAUCGUGUGCGAUGCUCAAAUUAUGGCUGAUGUUCCUUCAGCAAAUAACGAAGGACAAUUAUUCGAGAAACUUCCAAGGCAGCUCAUCCGCAGCCAAUUCCCCGUCAGACACGACCCCAAGUCAAGAAAAAUCUUGGAAGCAGCUUUGGAGGACCUAGCAUACGAUCUUGGACUUUUAGAAACAUCCCGUCCGAAGUCUCCACUAGCAAUUAUGCCCCCGCCUCCGCCACCUGCGUCAGGGGCGGCUAGUUCCGAGAGGGCCCCUCGGAUUCAGCGCUUCGUGAGGAAAGGCGGCCAUGUCGUUCCUCUAAUCGACGACGAUGACCAUGACCGUGAUAGCUACCGGGAACGUUCCCGGUACGAAGACUCCGGAGAUGAAUCCGACCGAACUCUCGCUUCGCCGCGAGCUUCAAAAGCCGGUCCCCUGAACAGUACCCUUAAGACUUCGACUGCAUCUCUUAGCAAUACAGUUAAUCGGCCUUACCCCACAACUACAUCCGGCGGAACUGCUAUAUACCCCCAUACCCUCGCAAACACGAGCACCAAAACCUACCGCCGUGCGCAAAGCCCGCCUGUAAUUCGUGGAUACCGCGCCUCGGCCCCAGAUGUCAGCAGUAACACAUCGCCCACGAGCUACCACCGAUCAACGGGGUACGCCCCGGUAGAACGAGAACGUAGGAACGCAAUAGUAGACACUAGCCCGACCCACAACCACGGCAGCGGAUCCCGGACCGAACUAGGUCCACCGACACCAACGACGCCUACAUCCUCCACUAUUAGGAGUAGCAGUGGGGCCGCGCUUAGUAAAGCACCCACGCCGAAUACGACUACCAUGACCUUAGUCUCGUCCACAACCUCCUUACCUUCUGCUACCAAUACCGAGCACCACCGGCGCGACUCGCACUCACAUUCACGACAGGAUAGUUUCGGUAGUACAAGAAGAGCUAUCGUAGCCAUGAACACGGGUGAAAAGAAACACCAUAGCCACGGCCAUACUCAUACUCAUACUCGGAGUAACAGCCACAGUAGCAGUCACAGUCACAAAGAUAGGGGACCGACGUGGGAAGAAGUUUUGAAGUCCCAGCCUUCGUCUCCUCAUCACCACAGCUCCCAUCACAGGACGGGAAGCUCCAGUAGUGGUCAUCACUACCGUCACCGUUCAGGCCACUAG